AUGGAGCCAUUGUUAGAUCCAGUAGGUGAUAGAGUUAUGAAAGACAUCGUGCCUCCUCCUCACAAGACUAUCUCAGACGAGCUUUUGUAUCCUAAUAGAAGUACCUUUAUUAAGGUUAAUAAUAUAUUGUAAAAUUUAGCCUCCACCAUUCCGAAUUGGGAAUUACUGAAGAAUCACAUGUAUAGAGAAGGUAGAGUUUCGAAAGAACACUGCCAAAAAAUUUUAAAGGACACGCUUGCUUUGAUUAAAAAGGAGCCAAAUUUGUUGAGUUUACAUGAUCCAGUAACAGUCGUGGGAGAUAUUCAUGGUUAAUACUAUGAUUUUGUUAAAAUGCUAGAUGUUGGAGGAAGUCCUGCUAAAACCAAAUAUCUUUUCCUAGGAGACUAUGUCGACAGAGGUUCUUUCUCAUGCGAGGUAGUCUUGCUGCUAUACUCUCUAAAAUUGAAUUUCCCAUAGACUAUUUACAUGCUGAGAGGAAAUCACGAGUGCAGAUAAAUGACAUAAUUCUUCAAUUUCAGAGGAGAAUGUCUAUAUAAAUAUGAUUAGGAGACCUACGACUUAUUUAUGGAAACUUUUGACGCACUUCCAAUAUCAUGCCUUGUAAACGAUAAAUUCCUUGCCCUUCACGGAGGAAUUUCACCAGAGCUGAAGACAAUUAAUGACUUGAAAAAUUUGCAAAGAUUCUAAGAGCCCCCAAGAGUUGGGCUAUUCUGUGAUAUAUUAUGGUCAGAUCCAGUAGAGGACGAAAAAGGCUAAUGUCCUCAAAGGUUUUAGUAAAAUGAUGUAAGAGGGUGCUCAUACUUUUUUGGGCAGCAAGCAACUAACCAGUUCUUACAUAAAAACAAGUUGCUCUCAAUUUUGAGAGCUCACGAGGCUUAGUUUGAUGGGUAUAAAAUGCAUAAAUGGAAUGGUCCAUCAGAAUUUCCAGUAGUUAUCACUAUAUUCUCAGCACCGAAUUAUUGCGAUGUAUACAACAACAAAGGUGCGAUUAUCAAAUUUGAGUAAAACACGUUAAAUAUUCAGUAAUUCAAUUACACAGCACAUCCAUAUAUCCUUCCAAAUUUUAUGGACAUUUUUACAUGGUCAGUACCUUUCGUAGCAGAAAAAGUUGUGGAAAUGCUUCUAAAUGUCCUAAAGUAGGGCAGUGACCUGCCAGAUGAAGAUGAGGAAUUAAAAGAUCCUAAAUAGCUAAUCGAGAACGAGACUGCCCCAAAAGUUAAAAAGGCUGACUUGCUAAGGAAUAAAGUGAGAGCGAUGAGCAAGAUGAUGAAGAUGUUCAAGACUCUCAGAGAAGAAAAUGAAAGUGUGGUUUAGCUUAAGGGUAUCUGUCCAGAUGGAAAGGUACCCAAAGGUCUCUUGCUAGAGGGUAGUAAAGCUAUUUAAAAUGAGUUAGUUGAUCGCUCAAAGCUGUUCUCGAACGCUAAGAAGCUUGAUUCUCAUAACGAAGGAAUGCCAUUUAAAUCUAGUGGUCCCAGCGGUACAACACAGAGUGUCCCUAUGAUGAACGGUGAGGAUUGA